CUCGUCUCAUUAAAUGAAUUUCAAUGGUAUCCAUUCACCGCCUUAUUAUCUUAUUUAUAACAGUAUAAAUAUUUUCAAUAUCAAAUUUCUUUUUCCCUCUACUGCGAAGCGGUCAAAUAACGAGCAACUGUCAGAAGAACCCUUGUAAAACCCUAAUUUAGUUGUUGGUUUUUUUUUUUUUUGGCCCUCUCCAUAUGUUUCAUUGAUUCUUCGAUGGCGAAGCUUCCAAUUCUACAAUUCGAGGAGAAGAUCAUCGAUAUCGUGGAACAAAACUCAGUGGUAGUAAUAAUCGGAGAGACCGGUUCCGGAAAGAGCACUCAGCUUUCUCAGAUUUUGUACCGGCGGGGCUACACCAAUUCCGGCAACGUUGCCGUCACUCAGCCCCGGCGAGUCGCCGCAGUUUCCGUGGCAAGGCGGGUAGCACAGGAACUGGGUGUUCAGCUUGGUGAGGAAGUGGGUUAUGCCAUUCGAUUUGAAGAUAGAACUUCAGAAAGAACACGUAUUAAAUACCUUACGGAUGGAGUCCUCCUUCGUGAAAGUCUUUCUAACCCUGAUCUCAGUCAGUAUUCUGUAAUUAUAUUGGAUGAAGCUCAUGAAAGAAGUCUAAACACGGACAUAUUAUUGGGACUGAUGAAAAGAUUGGUUAAAAUGCGUGCCUCCAAUUUGAAGGUUCUAAUCACUUCCGCCACUCUUGAUGGUAGCAAAGUAUCAAGAUUUUUCUCAAACUGCCCCAUACUUACCGUCCCAGGGAAAUUAUUCCCUGUUGAAAUAUUGUACAGCGCUGAGCUUCCUAAAAGCUAUAUCGAGUCUUCUUUGAAAACAGCUAUUGAUAUACAUGUUCGGGAACCAGAAGGUGAUGUUUUAAUAUUCAUGACUGGGCAGGAUGAUAUAGAGAAGUUGGUAGUGAAGUUGGAGGAGAGAGUCCGAAGCUUGGAGGAAGGUUCUUGUAUGGAUGCCAUAAUCCUUCCCCUUCAUGGUUCUUUACCACCCGAAUUGCAGGUCCGUGUAUUCAGUCCUCCACCUCCAAAUUGCAGGCGAUUUAUUGUUGCCACAAACAUAGCUGAAACUUCAUUGACUGUUGAUGGUGUUGUGUAUGUUAUUGAUUCUGGUUAUGUGAAGCAGCGGCAAUACAACCCAUUAACUGGCAUGUAUUCCCUUGAUGUUGUUCAAAUUAGCAAGGUACAAGCCAAUCAACGUGCAGGAAGAGCCGGAAGAACACGUCCUGGGAAGUGCUACCGAUUAUACCCAUCUAUGGUUUACCAUGAUGACUUCCUGGAUGUAACAGUUCCUGAAAUACAGCGAUCUUCUCUUGCUGGAAGUGUUCUUUAUUUGAAAUCAUUAGAUCUCCCUGAUAUUGAUAUUCUCAAAUUUGAUUUUCUUGAUUCCCCUUCCUCUGAGUCUCUACAAGAUGCUUUAAGGCAAUUAUAUCUCAUUGAUGCUAUUGAUGAAAAUGGAUCAAUUACAAGUGUUGGACGAACAAUGGCUGAGCUUCCACUGGAAUCUUCACUCUCAAGGAUGUUAAUGGAGGCAAAUGAGUGUGGUUGCUUGUCCCAGGCUUUGACUGUUGCUGCUAUGUUGUCAGCAGAAACAACAUUGCUUCCUGGUCGAAGCAAGAGCACUGAGAAGAAAAGGAAACACACUCCAACAGACCUUCCUGAUGGUUCUGGCUGGGGUGAUCACAUCCAGUUGCUACAGAUCUUUGAGCAGUGGGAUCAAACAGACUAUGAUCCAAAUUGGUGCAAAGAUCAUGGUUUGCAGGUGCGAGGAAUGAUGUUUGUCAAAGAUGUUCGGAAACAGUUGUCUCAGAUAAUGCAGAAAAUGGCUAGAGGGUCGUUAGAUGUACGAGCCAAAGAAAGAUGGAAAGAAAGCCGACAAGACUACAAGAAUUUGAGGAAGGCUUUGUGUGCAGGCUAUGCAGGUCAGCUCGCUGAGAGAAUGAUUCAUCAUAAUGGCUAUAGAACUUUAGGAUUGAAGUCCCAACUGGUUCAGGUGCAUCCAUCUUCUGUGCUGAGAGCAGACGAAGAUGGAAUGCUCCCAAACUAUGUUUUGUACCAUGAGCUCGUUGUUACCACACGUCCUUACAUGCGCAAUGUGUGUGCAGUAGAGAUGUCAUGGGUCAUGCCCAUUUUGAAGAAACUUGAGAACCUAAAUAUCAACAAACUCAGUGGUGGGUCCAAUCAAGUUGAAGACAGGACUGAGGAGAAAUCCUCGGACUCUCCAAAGAAAUCUGUUGAUGUUGCCAGGCCUCCUAAUGACGCUGAAAGUAGAAUACAGGCAGCAAGGGAUCGUUUUAUGGCCCGUAAAGCAAAGAGAUAGCUCAUCCGUCAAGUUCUAAUCGAUCAUGGGAUUGGCAUAAUGGCUGUUCUUAUGCUCAACAGACCAUGGGGGACAAAGAUCCAGAAUACAUCCUGUGAAGGCAAGUUCAAUGUGUGCUUCAGUUACUUUUGGCCUCCUAGCAGUGAUUUCAUCUGUGCCACUUGCAGUGUUGGCCUAUUUGUUAUUAACCGCUUAAGUUUUUUAGAUGUGAUAUCACACACGCACGAAUUCUUUCAGAAAUAGUCUUUUUUUUUUUUUUUUCUAACAGAAGGAAAAUUCCUGCUUCUCCACCAGGGUUUCUGCUCGUUGCAGAAAAGUCCCUGCUGCUGCCGCCCAAUGGAGUCGGGAGUAUGUUCCUGUUCUGGCGUGGCUGAUCAUCCUCUCUCCAUCGCUCUAUACGAGAAUGUAUCUUAUGAAUGGAAUAUUAAACUUUUAUAUGACUGCUAUUCAUUCAUUACAUCAUCCCACUGGUGAUCUAGACUGGAAUGUUACACAUCACAAGCCAUAGCUCUUAAUGUUUUGAUUCGUUGUUUUAAUGGGAAGUUUAAAAAUUUUCUAUCCA